AGUAGCAGACGGACGUUAGAGGCUCUUGGAAGGAAACAGUUUUAUUACUAAUUCUAGUUUCACUAAACGUUUCUAACUGUCGCAACACACCUGGAUCGAGCAUUUCAGUGUCUUUCGUAUUCAUUUACUUUGACAUUUAAAGGAAACACCGCGCUAAAUGAGUUGAGCGCGAGACGCGCACAGCAUCCUCUUGUCAGGUUGAGCUUCAUCCGAGCCUAAAGCUGUCUGCCCUUCAGCAGACUGGAGCCUUUUUAGAGCUGUGCACUGGAGAUUGAUGGACACAUUUUAAUUCUUCUUCUUGGAAGUACACGUAUAGGACUGAGAAACAGCACUAAUAUAUCGAUUCGACCGGAGUCGAGGACAGGAAAUUAUUUUUUCUCACACAACGCCGUUACGCAUGGUGGGAAUUUCUACCUCUUUUCAGUAUCGCACUGAGAAGCGCUCCACCAUGCCCGACUCACCUGCUGAUGUGAAAACACAGUCCAGGUUAACUCCACCCACCAUGCCUCCUCCCCCCACCACACAGGGAGCUCCCCGGACCAGCUCCUUCACCCCCACCGCAUUAACGAACGGCACCAGUCACUCUCCCACCGCACUAAACGGAGCUCCAUCUCCACCCAAUGGCUUCAGCAAUGGACCUUCAUCUUCCUCUUCUUCCUCACUGGCCAAUCAGCAGCUCCCACCGGCAUGUGGCGCAAGGCAGCUCAGCAAGCUUAAACGCUUCCUCACGACGUUACAGCAGUUCGGCAAUGACAUCUCACCUGAGAUAGGAGAACGAGUGCGCACGCUGGUGUUGGGGCUUGUGAACUCCACUUUAACCAUUGAGGAAUUCCACUCCAAACUGCAAGAAGCGACCAACUUCCCGCUCCGACCUUUUGUCAUCCCGUUUCUGAAGGCCAACCUGCCACUACUGCAGAGGGAGCUGGUGCACUGUGCACGGCUGGCCAAGCAGAACCCGGCACAGUAUCUUGCCCAACAUGAGCAGCUCCUGCUAGACACCAGCACCACCUCACCCGUCGACUCAUCCGAACUCUUAAUGGACGUCAAUGAGAAUGGCAAGAGGAGGACGCCGGACAGAACCAAAGAGAACGGCUUUGAGCGGGAGCCACUCCACCCCGAGCAUCCCAGUAAAAGGCCGUGCACUAUCAGCCCAGGCCAGCGCUUCAGCCCCUCCAAUGGGCUCUCCUACCAGCCCAACGGCCUACCGCACCCUACUCAGCCCCCUCCACAGCACUACCGCCUGGAUGAUAUGGCCAUUGCGCACCACUACAGAGACUCAUACCGCAACCCCAAUCACCGUGAGCUCCGCGACCGCCCUCGGCCUCUGGGGAUGCACGGCAGCACACGCCAGGAGGAGGUCAUAGAUCACAGACUCACAGACAGAGAAUGGGCAGAAGAGUGGAAGCACCUUGACCAUGUAAGAAAACUGCUGAACUGCAUCAUGGACAUGGUGGAGAAGACACGUCGCUCCCUGACGGUGUUGCGGAGGUGCCAGGAGGCUGACCGGGAGGAGCUCAACUACUGGAUCCGUCGUUACAGUGAUGCAGAGGACCUUAAGAAGACCAGCAGCUCUAGCAGCAGUCAGUCCAGACAGCAGAGCCCCGCCGGCCCGGACAACAAUGCUUUAGACAUCCAUAGAGAGCUCCUUCACAGGCCAGCGUCUGGAUACGUACCAGAAGAGAUCUGGAAGAAAGCUGAAGAGGCUGUUAAUGAAGUGAAGAGGCAGGCCAUGUCCGAGCUGCAGAAAGCCGUGUCAGAGGCCGAGCGCAAAGCUCAUGAGAUGAUCAGCACUGAGCGAGCCAAGAUGGAACGCACGGUGGCCGAGGCCAAGAGGCAAGCAGCGGAAGAUGCGCUAUCAGUCAUCAACCAGCAGGAGGACUCUAGUGAGAGUUGCUGGAAUUGCGGGCGCAAGGCGAGCGAGACCUGCAGCGGGUGCAACACAGCACGUUACUGUGGUUCCUUCUGCCAGCACAAGGACUGGGAAAAGCACCACCACGUAUGUGGCCAGACUCUUCAGUCGCAGCAGCAGGGUGAGACCCCUGCCACUGUCAGCUCCUCAGCGACCCCCAGCAGUGGCGCCGGCAGCCCUGCGGAUACGCCCUCCACCGCCACUCCCCGCUCGGCCACGCCCGGCACGCCCUCUGCCAUAGAGACCACACCACGCUAGAACAGAUGCUUAAGCCUACCACAGACUGACUCACCUGCCUCACUCGCUCAAAGAUAUUGAUGCUGGCGUGCUAACAAAGAAAGAAGUAUUUAGAGCGAUCACCCACAGGAGGUCCAUAUCAGGUCAUAUUGACUUGCCAUGAUAGAGAACGCAAAUAUAUUCUUUGUUUUUAAUUGCUUAUUGUUCUUUAUUGUUACUACAGCUAUUAUCGAUUACUGUUGGUUAUGUUGUUUAUUGUUGUGGCUCUCGUAGAUUCUUGUAAAUACGAUGAAAAAAGAAAUGGAGUAGACAGCUGUGACCUCUCGAUGAGUAUUGUUAUGUUCUCUAAGCUCUUUAUACGUUGCUAUUGACCUCAUUAAAAGACACUUUAUCAAACAACAAAACCAAGGAAAUACUUCAUACAAACAGAUGUAAGCAAAGACACAAAAUAUGAUUCCUUGUAAAGAAGACAAAAAAAAAAAGGUUGUUGCAAAAAAAAAAAAAACAUGCCAUUAAGGGCAUCUGUGUUGGACAUAGUGGAGUAGACAAUGGAUGAACUCUGCAGACCUUCAACACAGCAUGCAGAUGUGCAGCAGAUUGUAAAGAAAUACAGAUGCUUAUCCCUCUUGCUUUAUUUUUAUUUAUUUUUAUCAUACUUCUGCAACAUAAUAUCCAGGUCAGUGGUCUGAGAAAUACAAAGCUGUUUCACUGAGGAAUAUAUUGGGCAAGGAGGAAUGUGAGCCUGCCUUUGUUGGACAUUGAGUACCACACAGCAUAAUGAAGGAUGCGCUCUGAGCCCUGAUCCCUAAUGCACUCCAUCAGCGCCCAAAAAGGAAGUGAAGUCAUCAGCCCGCCAGAGCAGGACUGUCAGAGCCUCACUAUGACAGACGCUGGAAAAAAAAAGAUCCAUAAAUCAAAGGCGAGUUCCUGGCCAUUGGAGCCAGUCUAGACCCCUCUCCUAUCCUGCCUAUCUCUAACCCUACCAUCAGUUCUUACUUGAUCUCAUAGUGUUAAACACUCGUGUCCUGUGCCGUCACCAAUGGUUAUUUAUUGUAAAUGUGCUGGACAAUUGUAACAAUGCAUAAUAGUUUAAACCACAGUGACAACUUUCUAAACUCUCUAGGUGCAACAACAUAUUUUCUCUUGUUUUCUCACUUUCUCUCAAACGCUCUCGCAAGCUGCUUUUCUAUACGUAUGUGUUUGUGGUAGUCCCCUUGUAGUUUUCGAAAAAGAAGGCAAAUGCUUUUUUUCCCCGUUGUCCUCAAAAGAAUACAAACACUAUCUCUCAGAGCUGCUACUUCAUUCUCAUUCAGAUCUUUUUCUGAGAUCUAGCAUGUUACAUGGAAUGCUAACAUAAAUGUGUUUGUACAUGGGACGUACAUAAAUGUAUUUGCACUGUCACGGUUUCUCACGGCAUGCUUUUUUUGGCAGUUUAUCCCGUAGGGAGCCUCACUUCAUGGGUUAUCUUUGGAGUGCUUCAUUACAUGUCUGUGAUUUUCAUUUCUUGUAAAAAAGAAAUUGGAGAAAAAAAAAGGAAAAAGAAAAAAAGAAGAAAAUGAAAAAAAAAAUACAAAACAGAGGUAUCACUGUCUGUUUUUGUUUACAUUUUUUUCUAAAGAUAAUGGCAAAAAGUCAUAACUUUUGCUUUGAAUAGUUAAGGAUAGUGCAUGCACAUGCAUACUGAACGCUAUGGUAUAUGUUGUAUUUGUUUUAUACAGAAAAUUAGAAAAAUUUACAAAAAAGACUAAGAAACUAACUUUCCAAAUGCAGAGGUUACAAACAGACAGCUUUAACACUGCAGAGCACCAGGAUACACAGUAUUACAAAUGAAUUAACAUGGAAGACAGCCAAAGACAGACACGAAGGACCAAAACCUGACAAAAGAUAUUCACUCAAACGCAUUCUUGUUUUAUUUAAGUGUUUAUCAGGGGAAGCCACAUUGAGCAAUGUUUCCAUUUGAAAACCUUUAAUUCUCCCCUGUCCAGAGCCAAGACCAGCCCUUUUCAGCUCAUAGGGAGGAGAAGCCACUUAAAAACCAUGUAGCAGUUCUUGUUGAAAGACGGUUCACGUAUGAAUGAUGUGGUCUUGAAUGAUUGAGCAAUAAUCGAAGGUGGAUCUGAUAUCUCGAUCCUUCAGGGCAAGGUUUUCUGUGAAGUAUAUUUUACGACAAUUUCAUCUUUGUUGUUUUUCUUUACGUAUCAUUCUUCGAAAGAGUGUCACCCCAAAAUGCUGUACUCGGAAUAGCCCAACCGAAGCUGUUCGUGUUCAUAAACAACGCAUAACCAAACCUUCAGCUCAUGAUAUAAAGCCAUGUAAGAUAGAAACAAAUGUGUUGUUUCUAAAACUAAAGUUAACAAACUAAACAAAACAACCUUGUUAAUGGUUAAGAAAAAUAGGGGACUAAAUGAGCACUCAGCUGUAUACUUAUGGCUCGCAAUCCCCAAACCAUGGUGCUAAAUGCUGCACAUUUGACCUCUUAGGAUGCUAUGGUUAAAUAAUCCAAAAACAAAGGUGUAAGACACCUGUCCACAACUCCACAGAACCUGCCAGCUAAGCUGUCUUGAAACACUAGUGUACUAUUUUUGAAAAAUGUAUACAGUUAGUGUAGUGAGUUUGAUCAGGGCAACCUGAAUAAAAUAAGCACGGGCAAAGCAUUAAGAAACUCAAUAAAGGCUCUUUCUCCUCUUUCCCCACUACUAGUACGUCUGUUUUGCUACAGUCUUUUUCCUCGGUGGCAAAAAGUCUCACUCUACCUCUGACAGCAUGUUAGGAGCACCAGUCGCUGAGCGGACACUGGUCUAGUCAAACCAAAUGGGCACAAAAGAACAGGACUUUAACCCAAAGGUAAAAGCUCAUACAGCUGCAAACCAUAUCACUACUUGGUAACAAUGCAGACCUCAUGAGAAAAGAAAAAAAAAACUGAAUUAAUAUAAUACGUAAGAUAAAAAACAGGAAAAAAAACUUUUUUACGUUCCUUUAAGUUUGUCACUCGUACAAGAUCACUUUGAGUGUCACAACUCAAAGUAAAAAAUAAAUAAUAUGAUGAUUUUAGAGAGUUGACUCCAUUUGACACUAUAAUUUAAUAAAUUGUCAAAGAUGAUAUAUUCCUAUUGCCCUCUUCUUCUCCUGUUUUUGUCCUCUGUUGUGAGACCUGCUUGGCUGUUUAAUGUCAUUUAGGUUCAUGUUUAUGGGGGAUUCAUGCAGAACAUGAGCAAAAAGGAACAGCUGGUGAAUUUGCGCAUGCCUCUUGUUCUUGCGUUUCCCGUUUGUAAAGUGAAUAAAAUUGUGGGAUUAUAAAGGGACAGUGGAAACACAAAGUGAAAUUAAUUGUGUGGGUUGGGUUUAGGGAAGGGCGGUCAUAGGGUUCUUUGAAAUUUUUAUUGUGAAAAUAAAACUCAUGAAAGUCGUUGUGCAAUACUAAACUGAAACAUGAACCACAGACUAAAGGUGUGGACUGGGAGGGUGUGGUCUUUAUCACACUUUUUCAGUAUUCUCUAGGGUUUUUUGAGUCUACGAUGUCAGAACUGUGGUUUCUUGUUUAAUUUGUUUUCUUUAUUUUAUUCUCUCAUUUUCGGGGGCUGUAGUACAUGAUCUGUCAGUCUGUGAAUCUUUGCAGUAUGAUUCUUGUAUUGUUGUUCUCUUUACUGUGUAAUAAAUAUGUUCAUACCUGCA